AUGAACAACCUGCCCGACGAAAUCAUUCACAUCACCCAGGGCUUCGUCCCACUCUCCCUCCUUCUCACACGCCUCGCCCAGUCUACACACAACAUGGUCCAGGACAAGAUCGCCGAGCUGGCAAAGAUGCCGCUUCCCGCUGCCGCCAUGAACGGGAAUACAAACUACACACAAAGCGCUCCUGAUGACACGUCGAACGAGAACAUUAGAAAAAAGGCGGCGUUGCUGCAUUUCGCCCAGGACAUGCAUGCAAAAUGGGUCAAGGCGCUGGUCAUUGUGGAAUGGAGCAGGAAGGCUUCCAUGGUCAGCAAGCUCAUCGAUCUCAAGUACCACAUCGACCAGCAGCGGAUCCUCUACGAUGCAGCCCUGGACGGCAUGAUCAAUGUGAAGCGAGACCUGACGUAUGCCCGGAUACCGAGCCCCGACCUCAAGACCGCACUACAAGUGCUCUCCACUGGAACUGCGCCCUGGAUGCCUGACCUCAACUACAUCGAGCCGCCCCCGUUGACAGCAGAGGAGCAGCUGAGGGGCAUUGGCGAUCUGGAUACGCUGCUGUCCCUGCGACUGAACCUCGAUGACUUUGACAAGAUCCCGCCGCAGUUCAGAGAUUACACGAUAGAAUCAGGCCGGGUCACGUUCAAAGUUGCUGGAGAAUUCGAGGUGGACUUGACGAUUGCUGAUGAGGAUUUCGAGAAGCAGUUUUGGUUCAUUGAUUUCAGAUUUGCCUUCCGGCCGGCGUCCACAUCUCUACCCGACUCUUUGCGAACGCUCUUGGAGAACUGCGUAAACGAAGCGCUCGCGAAAGAUGGCCUAACCGGCUGCUAUCAGUUCCUUCACGAAUUCGUACUGACCGCCAAGAUCAACGAGCUCAGGCGUCAAGCUUUGCAUCUGAGCCGAACAUCUUGGACUGGCACUCUGGCGGUGGAACGUUUGAAUCGGGCCGUGGCCAUCCAGUACUGGACAUCCCGUUCGCCCGCCACAGGCCUGAAGAGCUGGGUUAUCGUCGCGGUGAACAGCGGUCGUAAGCAAGGAGGCAGGCCGGAUCCGAAGGCGUCAAGUCACCUGGUGGCAAAAUGGUAUCGCGAUGGCAAGGAGGUCAAGGACGCCGAGAUCCAGUUGAACGCCGAGUCUCUGUCUGCGGAAUCCUUGCUAAACGACAUUGUCGGACGACACAUUGAGUUCAUCUUGUCAAGUAUUCACACUGGAUUGUUGGCGACCCCCAGGUUCAAGAACCGCGAAACCGGCGUGGUGCUCAACAUCUCCAAAUCCGACCCAGGGGCGUCCUCCCUGACUCUGCAGGUGGGAUACGGUGGCACGGUGUCGCUCUUGAUUGAGCCGACGAGCGGCAUGUUCGCGAUGAAGCCGCAUUCAAGGUUCUCCAUCCAGCCCGAGCUGCAGCUAAACAAUGGCAAAAAUCCAGCGGAAGACGGAGUCACCUUCUUGGAGCACCUGCGAUGUGCAAUCAUCGAAGAUGAAUUGGGCCGAAUGGGAACUGCUAGGGGUUGGUCUGUCCGGAAGUCGCCCAUCAAUGUCGACGAGUUGAGAUCCAUUACCAAGAUGCGCAGAUGGAGUCGCGCUCUAUGGCUCCAGCACGGGGGAUGGGGGCCAACGUGGUUUGUCGGUGUCAUUCUCAGCCUGGACGGGGAUGAAUGGUGGUUGAUUGAGACGGAUCCCGCUCAUCCGAAUGGCGCGUCCAAAUUUCACACACGACUUCCGCUUAACAAGGGGACUCCCCAGCUGUCAGGAGCCUUCUGGGAUAACCUCAACCAGUUUGCAGCCAGCAUGAUUACCCAGUCAGUGGAUAUGAGAGAGCUCCAUCGACGAAGGAUCAAGUGCCAGGCAAACGGAAGCAUCGAUCUGUCGCUACCGCCGCAGGUUAGAAUACCAGCAAUCGAAGUGGCACUGUCGGCCAUUUUCCCAUCAAUAAUGCCAGACGACGCAGAGGAUGCGGGCUCUCAGAACAGCAGCAAUCUCGAAUUGCAUAGCGACCGGGACAUGCUUGCGCUGUUACGGUCAAAGGCAGGAAUCUCUUCUUCAACCAAGGAAGCCUGGGCCGAGAACGUGGUGGCCAUCAAGUUUAAGCGAGCCGAUUCGGAAUUGAGACAGGCAACAGGCGACGGCGGGCAGAUGAUGAUUCACGACCUCGUUUGCACAUCAGAAGUGGCAAUCAAGGUCCGGCGGCCGAUGAAGUUCUUGGCUCUGGAAGGCUUGAGGAGUCGAGAUGUCUGCUACAGCGUUGCAACAAGCGAGUUCAUCCUGCGCGUCAAACGGCGCGCCACGGAGCCGAUAUUCGACAUUCUCAAGUCUCGAAUCAAGGCCAUUGACAGAUUUGUCAAUUUCCUCGAGGCGAUGGAGAAGGCCAAGGGCUCCAUCACGAGCCCCUCGAUGACGCUGAAGAAGGAAGAUGGUACCUCUGCUGCUCCGGCCGCCCCAGAAGAAUGGAGAGUUGAGUUGGAUCUGUCGAGCGAAGAUAUCGAUAUCCACAUGGACCCGAAUAACCCUCAUCUCAAGGUCAUCGACAUAGCAAGGACAUUGGCCAAUUCAGAUAACGGCAUCAGCCUGCUCAUGGUGUGGCUCCCCAUUACUUUCUACGCGGUGAAGGCCAUCAAGGACCUCGACGCACAGUGGCUCGAGCCAUCGAUGAAGGAACUGGGCUACCUCAAUUUUAGCAUGGAGUCCAUGGGAUGGAUCGUCAUCAAGUACCACACCUUUACCAAGGGACGCAACAACGGCGAGAGGACGGCGAGAAGGGUCGUCUGCCUGCAUCUGCGGAUACGGCCGCGUCGCGGAGAAGGCUGGUGGCACGCUCAGCGAGUUGGUGCUGCUGCUGCUUCUGGCGGUGGUGCCAACCCGCCGCCGUCAUCCGACGACGAGUUUGAUCAGGCGCUGAAGAAGACGGUGUGGGACGGUAAAGGAAAGCACUGGGUUGGCUUGUCGAGCGGUGCGGCGGCGGCGGCGAACGAGGGCGUCAUGGAGAUGCUGUUUGCGAUUGAUGGGGCGAUUCGGGCGGCGUUGACUGGUGUCAAAAGAGAGGUGAUUGCGUUGGAUUAAGGCACACCUGGGCCUUUUGCAGCGGACGCAACAAGGGAUACACGAUAUAUAUCUUUACGCCUUUCCACAGCCUUUACGGGGAACUGAUAACAAAAAGGGGGUUUUGCAUGCGCCAAAAAUCCACAUGGCUAUAUGAGCUCGGAUGAUUUGAUU